GUGCACAGUCACGUGAAUAAACCACCUCUUGAGCUUCAUAUCUUCCUCGACCCCAGCGGGCUCUCGAUUUCUCUUCUCUUUCUCUCUUCUCUUCUUCUUUCCUUUCCUCUCCUUUUUGUUUCUCUUCAGAUACAGACUCGAUAUCUACUCGGAGAAAACAAAAAGGAGCAGGCUAUAUUGUUUUGCAGCACUAGUAUUAGCUCAGUAGAUCUCCUAGACCCCCCGAAUAAAAUUUUCUUAUCAUACUCAAAAAUGAAAGACCACCAGGCCCGCCUCAUCGAGCUCUCUUACGCCAACAACAUCUUGACGUUCGGCGAUUACACCCUCAAGUCCGGCCGCAAGUCGCCCUACUUCUUCAACUCGGGCCUGUUCAAGUCCGGCAGCACGCUCGCGGCUGUCGCGUACUCGUUCGCGCAGACCAUUAUCGACUCGCCCGAGCUCGAGUUUGAUAUCAUCCUCGGACCGGCGUACAAGGGCAUCUCGCUCGCGGCUAUUACGCUCGUCAAGCUUGCGGAGCUCAAGCCGGAGAAGUAUGGUGAUAUGGAGUACGCCUACAACAGAAAGGAGAAGAAAGACCACGGCGAGGGCGGCAACACCGUCGGCGGUUCCCUCAAGGGCAAGCGUGUUUUGAUCCUCGACGAUGUCAUCACCGCCGGCACCGCGAUUCGCGAGUCCCUUUCCAUCAUCGAGGUCGAGCAGGGUAUCCUUGCCGGCGUCGUCAUCAUUCUCGACCGCCAGGAGCGCAUGGUCGAUUUCGAGCACUCGAUGAUCGACCAGGUCAAGAAGGACUUUGGCGUGCCGAUUAUCAGUCUGUUUACGCUCAAUGAUAUCGUGCAGUACUUUACCGGAAAGCUGCCUGAUGAGGACAUUAAGAAGAUUCAGGAUUAUAUUGCUUUGUAUAAGGCUAAGCCUAUUGCUCAGUAAUUGUGCUGUCUGUAUUUAAUGAUGUUUUGAUGUCCAUAAUAGUAGAUAAUUUACCAAGAUAUAUAGUACUGAUUCUAAAAGACCUGCUCUAAUAAUCAAUUGUUUAAAUAUAAACACAAAGACAAUAGAGAUAUUCG